AUGCCGCGAGUUCCUGCUUGGCUCAACGCUCCGAGGAUAUCGGCGGUGCUGCUCCGCGGUUGCUUCUACUAUGCCACCGCCUUUGGUGUGGCCACCUUUCGGAUCGGACGCAGUGACGACUUCCAGUUGCUUGCGGGCAGUCGAAAGGUGUACAACUGGAUCUCCGUGCUGAUCCGCGUGCUGGGUAGCUGCUUCUAUGGCUUUAGCUAUGGGGCCUGGGCCGACCAAUACACGGACUGGUACCUGCGGGUGUUCUUUGGACUGCGCCUGGUCGGCUGUCUCGUGUGCAGUGCCAUCAUACUGGUGCUGCAAAUCUGCUACGAGCAGAGGAUCCUGCAACUAAUCAACCAUUUCUUUGCACUCUUCCGGCGUUUGAGGACGCUGACACGAACGGUGGAGGAGGGCUUUGGUGGCAGCUUGGAGCUGACGCUGCUGAUGUUCAAGCUAUUGUCGCUGGCCUUUGUGUUCCUGGCCUUCCAGACUCAGCACACGCCCUGGGUGUUUCUCACAGUUCUGUGUGAUCUCUACACAUCCAUUGGCACGGGCAUGAUUAUGCACUUUUGCUUUGUGGGUUAUCUGAGCAUUGGAGUGCUCUAUUCGGAGUUGAAUCGCUAUGUGGAUCAUCGCUUGCGCGCUCAACUCGGCUCGGAGGAGGAGGACAUACAGCAGCAGCCAGAUGUCCGAGCCCACUCCAAUCUGGACGAGUGUUUGGCCAUUUACGAGGACAUUCACCAGGUGACCCGCUCCUUCCAGCGGCUCUUCGAUCUGCCACUAUUCCUGAGCCUGGUGCAAAAUCUCUCCGCCAUGGCCAUGGUCUCCUACCAUGCCAUCAUGCGCAGGGAGUAUCACUUCAGUCUGUGGGGCCUCGUGCUCAAGCUGCUCAUUGACGUGGUCCUGCUGACCCUGGCCGUCCAUGGAGCGGUCAGUGGUUCGCGCUUGGUGCGCAGAUUGAGCCUGGAGAACUAUACCAUUGGCCAGAGUAAAAGCUGCCACAUCAAGUUGGAGAUCUUUCUGGGCCGCCUCAAUCACCAGCAGUUGCGGGUGUGUCCUUUGGGCCUGUUCGAGGUGUCCAAUGAGCUCACCCUGUUCUUUCUCUCCGCCAUGGUCACAUAUCUGACCUUUCUGGUUCAGUACGGCAUUCAGACGAAGCAAUUUUGAUUCCUCGUCACGCUUUCGAUUCCAAUGUCCACACACACACACACACACCUGUCCAA